AUGGCCGUCCCCAUCAAGAAGGACGUCCAAGCCAUUCUGAGUGCUCGUGCCAACGGCGUUGAUAUCAAGACUAUCACUCUUCCAACUCUUGGUGGAAAGGGUCAGACUUUACAUUCUAGCACCGUUCAGCACCGUUUCCUUUUGUCUUUUGAAUGCAUGCUCAUAUUAUCCCAGAGAUUGCUGGAUGGUUUGGAAGCGAUGCCACCGUCGGUGGUAUCAAAUUCCAGUUCUGCACCACAAUCAAGAAGAACCUUGACGCUCUUCGUGAUGGUCGAGCCAAAGGUCUUGACUGCAAGGACAUUAAGCUUCCUAGUCUCUCUGGUCAGGGUCCAUCUUCGAUUUUCUUUCUACAGCACAUUUUCUUUUGCUCUAUACAACGGGUAUCUGAUGUCCCUUCUAGAGAUGGCAGCUAUCAUGGGCAGCGAUGUCACUUCCAACGGCCUCAAAUUCCAGUUCACAGACCGUAUCAGGCCUAUGGGCAAGAAGCAGCAAGAGAUGAGAUCUGCGGGCUUAGACCCCAAGGAUAUCGAUCUUGAUAGCCUCUACAGUGCCAAGGGCGGCGGCAAAACUGGCAAAAACAUCAGCAAGUACUUCGGAAAGGAUAGCACCAAGGGUGGCAUUGAAUUCCAAUUCCGAGCCAUCAAGCAAGACGCCAAGCGUCAAAAGGCUUGCGCUGAUGCUGGAGGUGAUCCCCAGACUCUAGGCAUUGGAUCUGGUCAUGUCAAGGCUGGUGGUUCUGAAAUUGCGCUUCGCAUGAAUGAUGGGACUACAGCAGCUGCAUUGCAGCAUCGCUUCAGGCCUAUCAAGAAGGAAGCCGACGCAAUGAACGCUGCCAUCGCUGGUCAAUACGGGGAUGGCGUUAGUGAGAACGGUGGAUCCGCCGCCAAGAAGACACCCAACAAGCGUACUCCGGGUGGUGGUAAGCGUAAGAAGGCUGUCGAUGGUGAUGACGAUGAGAGUAUGGCCGAAACUCCUUCUAAGAAGGCAAAGAGUGCUCGUGGUGCUGUUAAGACCCCCUCCAAGCGUUCCGCCAAGAGCUACACUGAGCACGACUCGGAGGUCGAUGACGAGGAUGUCAACGGCCGCGUCAAGCCCGAGAAGGUCGAGGACUACGGCGAUGAGGACAUCAGUGCCCCCGACUAUAGCAACGCCCCAACCUACGCUACCAAUGGCAAUGGCAACGGUUACGGUUACGGUCGCGGCUAUGGUCACUCCAAUGGCCACGCCGUCUCCCAGGACCACUAUACCUUCGAGGACAAUGACAACUUCAACAGCCAGGACAAUCACUACGGUGACGAGGACGAGGAGGUCUAG